AUGAGCAAUUCUGGUGAUGCUUGUUUUAAGGAGGGGGACUUAGUCUGGUGUGAAAACAAAUCUUACACAUCAGAGGGAAAUAAUGGAUUGUUUAACUUAUGUCAUCUAAUUCGAAAGAAUAAUAAUGAAGAGGUUAUGUUAUCAAAACAUAACGAUUACAGCGGUUGUAUAUUUACCAGUAAUUUGAAAAGCAUAUAUAAAGCAAACAGCUUGUUCACACUAGAUCACAAUGAUAUGCUAAAACUAAAACACAUUAACGAACCUACAUUAUUACAUUAUAUGCAUGAAAGAUUUAAGAAUAAAAAAUAUUACACAAAUAUGGGUCCCCUACUAGUUUUUAUAAACCCAAAUAUGAAUACAAACAUAAACAAUGAAGAAACGAUUCGAAUGUACAAAUUUAGAGACACACGUGCAGAAUUAAAUUUAAAUGAAUACGUAAUUGCCCACAAGGCUUUGCAAAAUUUAAGUAUGUUAAAACGAAAUCAAUCUAUUAUUGUAACUGGUGAGGCAGGUUCAGGGAAAAGUCAAAUAACGAAGAACAUUAUAAAUUUUCUCUCCUACCAAGUGAAAGCGAAUAAACCUGAGGAAGUCGAUGCUGCUGAUGUGGAAUGUGCUGAGAAUGAAGUAAACGAAUCUGGAGAAGUGAACGAACCUGGAGAAGUACACCAACCUGGAAAAGUGAACGAACCUGGGGAAGUAAACCAACCUGGAGAAGUAAACGAACCUGGGGAAGUAAACCAACCUGGAAAAGUGAACGAACCUGGGGAAGUAAACCAACCUGGGGAAGUAAACCAACCUGGAGAAGUAAACCAACCUGGAGAAGUACACCAACCUGGAAAAGUGAACGAACCUGGAGAAGUAAACCAACCUGGAGAAGUACACCAACCUGGAAAAGUGAACGAACCUGGAGAAGCAAACCAACCUGGAGAAGUACACCAACCUGGAAAAGUGAACGAACCUGGGGAAGUAAACCAACCUGAAGAACUGAACCAACCUGGAGAAGUUAACGAAUUUGACAUGUCCAAAAUGAUAACGCACAUGAACGUGAUUUUGGAGGCGUUUGGAAAUGCCAAAACUGAGAAAAAUGACAACUCCAGCAGAUUUUCAAAAUUUUUUACCAUACAUAUGGAUGAAAAUGAAAAGAUGAAAUCCUUGCAUGUUAAAAAGUUCCUUUUUGAAAAGGAAAGGUUAAUAAGCAGAAAGCAAAGCGAAAGUUCUUUUAAUAUAUUUUACUACAUAAUAAAGGGGUCAAGUAGCAAGUUCAAAGAAAUGUAUUAUUUGAAAGAUUUGCAGUACUAUAAGAUGUUGAAUGGUAGCAGUGAGUUGAGCAAUGACAAAAUAUUCCGGAACAAUGAUAAGGUAGAGAAUAAUGAAAAAAAUGCACCUGAAGAAGAAUCGUCAAAAUUUAUGGAAUUACUAAAAUCGAUGAAUUAUAUAUUUGAUGAUGAUAAGGAGAUAGAUUUUGUCUUUUCUGUUCUGUCAGCAUUAUUGCUAUUAGGAAAUAUUGAAACGGUAAAAUCUUUUCGUCAGAAAUCUAUAUUUCGAAAAGGAUUACUAUGUGAGACGUCUCUUAAUUAUGAAGAAUUGCAACAGUAUAUAGAACACUCAAAUGAAGAUUUGAUUUGGGAUGAUAAUGUGAAAAACUUUUUAAUUGCUAGUAAGCUCUUAGGUAUAAAUCCUGAAGAAUUGAUAAAAUACUUCACUACAAAUUACGCAUUUAAUGAUGUAUUACUUUUAAAGGUACAUAACGAAACAAGGAUACACAAAAAAAUAGAAAAUUUUAUAAAGACUUGUUAUGAUGAGUUAUUUAAUUGGAUUUUAUUGAAAAUAAAUACAAAAUGUAAUUCAAUGAUGAAUCAUGAUAUGAAUAGUGAAGAAAAUUGUAUGAAUAUCCUCGAUUUAGUAUACUUUGAAAACUCAGAAGAAAAUUCACUAUACGAAUUUCUUAUCAAUACUACUAGCGAAGCUGUGCUUAAAAUUGUAAUCGAUUCUAUGUUUAAGAAAAAGACACAACUGUGUAUAGAAGAAGGAAUCGAAUUAUCUUGUGAUAUUCAACAAAUGGACAAUAUGGUACUAUACAAUAUACUAGUUCAGAAUGAUAAUGAUGAUUCCAUGUUUUCUUGCUUAGAAUCUCUUUCCAUGAAAAAAGGAAUAGGAAAAUAUGAUUUACAUUCCUUGAUAACAAAAAAAUUUGGAAAAAAAAGUAUGUAUAUAAAAAAGGAUACUGAUGAUAAUAAAGGAAAAAAAAAUUCCACUUUUACUAUUGUUCAUUCGUGUGGCGAUGUCAUAUAUUCAACAGAAAAUUUCAUUAACCAAAAUAUAGAUAUAUUAACACAUACUUUUAUUGAUAUGUUUAAGAAAUCAGGAAAUACAUACUUACAGCAACUUUGUUGCAGUUACAAUUAUGACAAUACAGGCAAAAUAGUAGAGGAAAAAAGACGAUAUAGUAUUCAAUCUGCUUUAAAAUUAUUCAGACGUGAAUAUAAUUCGAAGAAUGAAAUGGCUGUAACAAUGUUAAGAAACAAUUUGACAGAAUUAAUGAAAUUAAAAGAAAACACAUAUUGUCACUUUAUAUUCUGUAUGAAUUCUAAUCAUAAAAAAGGAAUGCACGGCGAGUUAAUCAAUCUUUUUGAUGAAAAGGUAGUUUUUUCUCAAAUGAAGAAGUUAUUCCUUCCAGAGUUUAGACAUCUCAAAAAUGGGUUCUUGUUUCCACAUGUGUUCCGUUUCGAUGAAUUUAUGAAUGUGUUAGUGGAUAAUACUACCUUAAGAGGAGAAGCAUCCAAUACUGAGAUGAAUGAUAGAAAAGAAGAGGUAGAAGAUUCGGCUUAUAUCAACUACAAAGAGAAAGAAGCUGUUGAAAAAGUGAUGAAAUCUUAUGACAUAAGUAAGAAAGAGUGGAUGAUUGGAAGAAAUCGAAUUUUUUUAAGUGAAAAUUGUUUGAAUAUAAUAAUGGAAGACAAAUUAGAAAAAUGUAAAAUUUUGAGAAUUAACAAAAAUGAAAUAAGUGAGCAAAAGGAAAAUAUGAACAAAUUUGUUCAUCCUGUGGGAACUACAUCUGAAGUAACAGGACUUGUGAAUCUAGAAUGUAUCAGAAUUAGCCAAGUGUAUGACAAAACACAAAUAAAAGAAAUACACAAAAUGAUGAACAUGAAAAAAGAAGGUGUAAAUUCAGACACAAAUGAGGAAAAAAAUUUCCUGGAUAAAGGAAUGCAAAUUUUGAACUUGGGGAAAAUAACACAAUUACUUGGAAAAAGUGGUGAAACGGAGGGAGAUGCAGAUGAGGGUUCAUUGCAAAAAGGGAAUGAACAAUACAACAAUCAAGAUAGUGAACUAUUUCGUGAACCAAUAGAGAUGUGUGGAAUUAUGAAUAUUUUAAAUAAUGUACCUAAUAUCAAGGAUAAAUUGAAUGAAUUAAAUGAUGCUAUCAAGGUAUGUAAUCAGUCUAACGACAAAAUUAAGAAUUCCUGUGCAUGUAUAGUUGGUAUUCCGAGUUUGUGCAGUAAACACUCGAUUCCCGGGUCUCUGAGUUUGGAACCUGCUGAUGCUGCAAGUGGAGGAGUGGCAGAUGUGGAAGCGGUAGAUGUGGAAGUGGCAGAUGUGGAAGUGGCAGAUGUGGAAGCAGUAGAUGCAGAAACGGUAGAUGUAGAAACGGUAGAUGUAGAAACGGUAGAUGUGGAAGCAGUAGAUGCAGAAACGGUAGUUGUAGAAGCAGUAGAUGUAGAAACAGUAGAUGUGGAUGCGGUGGACAUGGGAGAGGAAGAUCAGAGUCAAAAGGAACAAAAUGAUGAGCGGGGAAAAGAAGAAGCCGUGAAAAAUUUAGCAAAUGGAAGCGAAGCAAAUAAAGAAUUGGAAAAGGGAGGUGUGACAGAUGAAGAUCUCCAAGAUAACCAAAAUGUGACAAAUAAGGGCGAAAAGAAAAAGAAAAAAAGAAGAAGAAAGAAAAAGAAAAGUACUUCUUUGGGUAAUGCUGCAGCAGAUCCUGGUAUGUCGGGGGAGAAUGAAGGGCCAAACAUUCAAAAGAACGAAGAAGUGGGUGGAGAAGCGGGUGAAGAACCAGGAGUAGAAGCAGAGGUAGAAAUGUUUGAUUUGAAAAAUAAAGAUGCUGAAAAUAUAGAUGAAGAGGGAGACGAAUUAAGUUAUCUAAGUGCGAAGGAGGAGGAAGAGGCAAAAGAAGUGAAAGAAGUGAAGGAAGUAGGAAAAGUGGAGGAAGAGGAAGAAGCAAAGGAAGAGGAAGAAGUGGAGGAAGAGGAAGAAGUAAAGGAAGAGAAAGAAGUGGAGGAAGAGGAAGAAGUGGAGGAAGAGGAAGAAGUAAAGGAAGAGAAAGAAGUGGAGGAAGAGGAAGAAGUAAAGGAAGAGAAAGAAGUGAAGGAAGAGGAAGAAGUGAAGGAAGUAGAAGAAGUGAAGGAAGUAGAAGAAGUGAAGGAAGUAGGAGAAGUGAAGGAAGAGGAAGAAGUGAAGGAAAAGGAGGAAGUGAAGGAAAAGGAAGAAGUGAAGGAAGAGGAAGAAGUGAAGGAAAAGAAAGAAUUGGAGGAAGAGGAAGAAGUAAAGGAAGUAGAAGAAGUGGAAAAAGUGGGAGAAAAUGAAGAGGUAAAGGAAGUGGAAGAAGUAGAAGAAGUAAAGGAGGUGGAAGAAGUGGGAGAAAAUGAAGAGGUAAAGGAAGUGGAAGAAGUAGAAGAAGUAAAGGAGGUGGAAGAAGUGAAGGAAGUAGAAGAAGUGGAAAAAGUGGGAGAAAAUGAAGAAGCGAAGGAAGUUGAAGAAGUGAAGGAAGUAGAAGAUGUGGAAAAAGUAGGAGAAAAUGAAGAAGCGAAGGAAGUGGAAGAGGUGAAGGAUGUAGAAGUAAAAGAAGUGGAAGAGGUGAAGGAUGUAGAAGUAAAAGAAGUGGAAGAGGUAAAGGAUGUAGGAGAAGUAAAGGAAGUAGAAGAAAUGGAAGAAGUAGAAGAAAUGGAAGAAGUAGGAGAAAUGGAAGAGGUGAAGGAUGUAGAAGUAAAGGAAGUAGAAGAAGUGGAAGAAGUAGGAGAAGUGGGAGAAAAUGAAGAAGUAGAAGAAGUGAAGGAAGUAACUGCAGGGGUGCUUGAUGAGGACGUUAAGGAGUUAGAAGAGCCCGAGGGGGAAGAAAACAAGUUAAACGAUGGGAUGUUGGUUGUAGAGGGUGAAGAGGUUAACGGAGUACAUCAAGAGGACGAAAAUUCAACAAAGGACGAAACGCAAAAGGAAAAGGAUGAAUAUGCAGAUGAAGAUUAUGUGGAUUACAAUAUGAACUGUUUUAAAGCAAUUAGAUCAGGAAAGGUGGGGAAUAUAAAUAGCUCAUGUUUGGGGGUAAAUGGUGAAGAAAUUAAUUUAAUUAAAAAUGUACUAGACUGCUAUGAGUGUACAAAUGAUGUAAAUUAUGUUCAAUGUUUUAUGGAUACUAUAGAUGGGAAUGGGCUGAGUGAAUACAGUGCAGAAUUAAGGAACCCACGACAGAAGCAGAUACUGUUAAAACAUUUAAAUGAAAAAUAUAUUACUAACUCGGAAGAGAAAAUGCAUUUGAUUAACAUAUUAAAGAACAUGGUAACGUGUAUGGGAAAUGUGCAUAAUAAGAAAUGGAAUAUAUUUUUGACAUCAGCAGAUUAUUAUUUUAAGUCUUACGUAUCGAAUGAGGAUAAGCUAUGUUUACAGAGUGAUUCCAUAAAUUUAGAUGAAAAAAUAAUAUUUAAUGAAGAGUGUAAUUAUCAUAAAAAUAAGAAGGAAGAAAUACAUAAUCACCGAUAUAAUCCAAUUGUAGAAUAUUUAACUCUUCCAACGAAUAAAGAAAUACAUGAAAUUUGCAUAUCAAACAAUGCUGAUAGAAAAUAUAUAAAAGAUAAUUAUAAAAUUUUAUGUUUUCGAUCUAGAAGAGGUACAAAAUUGGACUAUAUGAAUGCAAAAGCAUUUUAUACUUCCAUUCAGUAUAAGAAAGUGAAGACAAGAAACGUAACUCAUGUGCACACAGAUUUCUGCUACAUGGAAGAUAAGAUGAAGUGUAAUUUUAAGCAACAUGUCAUUAAUGAAUUCAUCAAUAAUCCAAAUAUUACCAUGGAGGAUUUGGGAGAUAGCUUACUCAAUUUGGCAACCUAUUUUUAUUAUGAGAACCGUGGAUCCUGGUGCGUUUUUGUGUCUAGGAAGAGAGCCUUCACAGGAGUUAUAAACAUCGUUAAUAAUAGGUAUAUACGUAUGACGGCUAAGAAUAAGAAAAAGAAGUACCACAUCGUGCUGUUCGAGACACCAGUUUAA